AACAAGCUAAUCCAUGCCUUGCUUAUAAUUAAAUGAUCCAAUUCUGUUAUUUUCCAUCAGUUGUUUAAGUGCUACAGAGUUCCUAAGGGCAAUGUGUUCCACUGCUGUUAUAGAAACAUUGAUCAUAAAGCCCCAAUCCAGCUGCUGAUAUCAAUACUUUAAUACUUUGUACUCCCAAACUUUGCACUGCCAAAGAAAGAGUAUUAUUGUUUCAGGCUUUCAGACUUUCUCCAUGUGAGUUGGGUUUUAAGGGAUUUUAAAUGUCUUUUUCAGCCUCUUGAGAUUUGUUUGGCAGUAAAUUUUGAAAGUUGUUUCUCCCAAGAUUUUUGCUUUGCAAAUGCCACAUCACCAGAGCUUUGCUAACAUGCCAAGACUGGUCUCAAGGUAUCAUUCAGCUGACCGCUUCACUUUAGUAAAGCACCUAGCUAGUCACUGAGCAUCUAAAUAGGUACUGGGCAGUCCUUCUUUUAUCCACAGACUUCCAAACAGGCAGAUUUCAAAUAUUGUCAAGAGGGACAAUAUUUUCUUAAAUAAUAUUUUAGGCGAGGCUAAAAUCUUGGAAAUAACCUACCAUCCAAAAGAGUUAUAGUUAUAAAUUCCUCACUUAUCACCUUCUGUCUGUGGACUUGAUUAUGUGGUCACUGUGGUCCUUGCUUUAUUUCCUUUGCUUCAACUGUUGAACACAAGGUGUGCAAACCCUGGAACAUUGCCUGGAGCAGGACGCUUUGAUUGAUUUAUGGAGGUUUCCAUGUGAUUAGCAAUGGAGUGCUUUGACUCUGCCGCUUCUGUGGUUAGAUGGAUGAGAGGGUGUCACCUUUGAAAGGCAUGUAUAAACAGAAAUAGUUUAUUUUACAGACCUGGCUUUUGGUCAAGAGUAUACCACUUUUCACCUAUUCUAGUCCAUUUUUUAUGUUCUCUGGCUUUUUAUUCUGCCUUUCCCUUACUCCAGCUGGACUACUUUAUUCACCUGGGACUUGCCGCUUUGUCGUACUGGACAUAUAUUCAAAUGAAUACUCUUUUUCUGGAUUACUUUUCUGAUUUUUUGGUGGUUAUUUUUGUCUGUUUUUCACUACACUUCUCUUCUGGAUUAUUUUUUUCUUCUGGGCUUGUUUUACCUCAUCCUCCUGGACUAGUUUUUCUUUGCCGGGUUUCAUCGUAAUUGCUCUCACUGGUCCUUAAACUAACUGUUCUACCUGCCAGCUGUGAGCCCUCUUCCUGUGAACCUGGCGCCAUGUCGGUCUAUGUGCUGGUGAGUAAUUGUGUACUCUCUCAUUAGUUGUGCACCGUCAGUAUUGCUAAGCCUUUCAUCCUGCCCCUAAUUUUACUGGUUGGGCUGCUGGUGUUGGCUAAAGCAUCUGUACUGUGUGGGUUUGAUGUAGAUCUCCUAUUGAGCUUAUGGAGGGUGUACUGUCUUUUGUUUUUUUGACAAGGCUACUUGGUAAUCGUGUGCUCUCUCUGUAGCUCUCAGAUAGGCUGUAAUGUGUGUAUUUCUAUGUCUGUGAGUGACUGUAGCUCAGCAAAUCAAUUGUGGCCACCCUUUUCACCAAAAGCUAUUAAACUAUUCCCCGUUCCAACUUCAUAGUUACAACACCCAUGCUUGGUUUUCCUACUUAUGACUGGUGUCAGUUGCUCUAUAUUCCUCUUCGUCCUCGGUAUGCAUCUUGUUCCACCAGAUGCUGCCUGACUGUUUAUUGCUUUGCCAGCAGUGAGACCCCUACAAUCUGGUCAAGCAAGCAAUUCAAAAAUCAAUGGCUAUAACCCUAGUUAUUGAUUUCUCCACCCCUUUAGGAAGGUGGACAUUCAUAAUCACAUCAGAAAUGAUAUGUCAAUGCAGGAUGGCAAAAUUUACAUUGCUAAAUUGCUAUUUCAUAACCAACAAAGCUCUCUUGUUUAUUGAGAGGACUAAAACUCUGAAUUUUGAAUCUUACUCUUCUGAGCACUCAUUGACCCACUUUGUAUCCAGUUAUUCAGUCUGAUCCCUAAUCCCUGAAGCUCCGAUCAUCUAUGUUAUACCCAAACUGUCUCUUCAGCAGUAAGUCCCUUGAAUCUGGUACCUUGAACCUGAUAGUCUUGAACUCUGUAAUUAAGGGCUUAUUUCCAAUCUGCCAUUCAUAUCCAAACUACUAGAAAUAUCUAAACAACCAAUUAGCCACUCAACUAAAAUACUGCUCUGCCACUAGCAGACUUUCCAGGGAUUCCUGUCCAUGCCAUAUAACCGUGGCAGCUCUUGAAGGAGUGACUAAUGGUUCACUUGUCUUCCCUGACUCUGGUGCCCUCAGUAUUCUUAUUUUGCUAGACUUUAGUACAACCCUUUUAUAUAAUGAGUCAUGCAAUUCUUCUGCCGUGUCUCUUUUCAUUAGAAUUUAUAUUCUAUCUCUGAAGUAGAUUACAUGUUCUGUACAUUCACAUCUAUCUACAAAGGCUCAUUUCUUUGUCCUUUUGGUCUUUAUCUUAUUGCCACUCCUCGUAAUGUAUUCUCAUACUGGUGUAUUGAUGGUUUCCAAUAGAGCAUUAGGAAAUGUGCAUUAGGCCUGGGAUCCUACAGCAACCACGGGACCCAACAAAGAAGUCAUGGGAGCUGACGUUUAUUACUGUCAGAAGCAGGCAGUCAGAUAUGAAACUUGUUGGACAAAGAAAUGCAAUGUUCAUUAACAUGAGAGUGUAUAGGGUGCUCAUGUGGCACUGCAUGAUGCAUUUUCCGUGACAUUCAUUCAUCAGUAACGGCUUUAUCCUGGUCAGUGUCAUGGUGGUUUCAGUUACAAAUGUGUUUAUAUUUUGACAAAUAGAACCAAUUAAGUCGGCACAAAAAGUAAUAACUGUGGGAGCGGAUGGGAUUGGUCAAGAUUGUUUGCAGAAGAUGGCAGCAUUGGUCGGAAUUCUUUCAGAAGCGGACAGGAAUGGAAUUUAUAAAACAGUCCCACGGAAAUCCUCUAGUCCACAAGACAAAACUGGAUUGUGUGGAAGGCAGAUCAUUCAAUGCCAUCACUCUUAGAAUAGGCUAUUUGAUCAAGACUGAGCUGACAGAAUUCCUUUUCUCCCAACAUCUUUUUCUUUGAGCUUAUUUUCUUCUUGCCUUUGUUUUUUUAAAAAUGCAAAGUGGCCUUGAGUGUGGGAACGACCCUAUAUUAUUUAAAAUUAUUAUUUAUUGGGACCCAUAGGGGUUCCUCUGUUGCUUUUUACUGUCUUUUUUUACAGGAGCUGUUUGAACAAGACAGAGCUUAUUCCUCUUUGAAAAACAGCUUAGCUGCCACAUUGAUUCUGAUGGAGUCGUCCAUUGGGCACACCCACUGACAAAUUAUUUCCUCAAGGGUGUAUUAGUUUUGUAUUAGUUUUUAGUAAGCUUUGCCAAGGUGUGAAGCUUGGUUCCUCUGGAGCUGUAUAUUGUGCUGCUUUUCUAUUGGAGACAGGUUUAAAGAGUCAUGCUGUCAUAUUUUUGCUAUUUAGGAGUUUCUGCAAAUUAUGUUAUGAACGGAUGUGUAUGUUAUAAGGUUAUAUUUUUUGCAAUGGUCUUUUAGUAAAAUGCCAACUUUAUAGUUUUCACAGUAGGUAUGCUACUCCAGCAGUUAUAGCAAGGUUAGGUGAAAAUACCCAGUUAUCUUGUUACUAAAAAUUGUUACCAAUAUGAUAAAAACUACUCUAUACUAAUACUUAUACUAUUUGUCGACAUACACUGUUCAAUUUAUUUUUCUUACCACACAGCCACAGGUCAUACCCUUAGUAAGCAGACUUUUCCCACUAGUUGUAGGGUGUAUAAUAGAAAUAUAGACCAGAAAUAGAGACCAGGUGCACAUCUACUCCUCAAGCAGGUGGACAACCACUUGGACUUUAUUUUGAGGUGUCCUUGUCAAAAACAUAUACAGCUGUUGCUUUUGGAGCCUCUCUCAGAAGAGAAAGAUUUAUUGCUCCUUGAUGCCAUCUCUUGUCUAGCAUGUGUGUUUCCACAUGAAUAUAAGACCAACUCAAGGCCAAGCUUUAUGCACACUUGCUUCAAGAUAGAUGAUGAUAUCAGGAUAUCAGUAGCUGGAGUGGGGUGUUUGUUUUCUGUGUGGUAGCAGGAUGCUUCAAGGUCAUUCUAAAGCCAAAAGUCUUGAUGCAGAAGGAAUCAAGCUAGUGAGGUGAAACUUAUAUUUCACUUAAAGAUAUACUUGCUCUUAAAGCCUCUGUCAUAGUUGCAAAUGUUAAGAAAUGUCACUGAAUAAGCAUUAACUAGAGGUCAUUUAAAACAUAUAGGAUUAAAUGUUGAUAAAUGUUAAAAAAAACUUGAAUUAUUAUUUUUUUUAAAAAUUUUUUGCUGAUCAAAACUUUUCAUAGUAAGAAGCUAUGGAUAAGAGUUAGAACCUAAUCAGAUGGAGUGCUGAAAUUUCUAGAGCCAUUUAUGUGAUGGGUUGAUUUUGUAUAAUGAAGAACAUGUGGCGGUUAUUAUGUUAUUAUGUCUUAUAGCAGAAGGCCGGAUGGUUGCCCUUGCAGUGAGAUUUAAUAGGCUGGGGAGGGUUGAAGGCCAUGCUUCUUGCCAUAACAUAGGCAGCAAAUCUAAAUAAACUUGAUGGUGUGUAUGUCUGCAUAUAUAUAUGUGUAUCUGUGUGUGUGUUCAUGUAUUUACAUUAGGCUUUUCUCACAUUUGUAAGUGCAUAGUUGGCUGCUUUUCCACAGUGAGGUUACUCCAGGUAUCUUUUACCCUAUAUCAUGUUGAUGGUGUGUAAGCAGCACCUUUCCUGCUUCUCUUAAAAGUCAUGUGCUUAGAGUUGCUGCAACAGUUACUGCAUGCAUGUGCGUGCGAGCAAACAGGCAUAUAUAUCUGUGUAGGUGCGCUUAAGUAAUUUGAAACAAGCCCAGGAUUUCUAGGAUGGUUGUGGUGUGUAGUUGAAGGAGUGUGAUGCCUCCAGGCUGGGAUACACCCACAUCGCCUUUUGAACAUACAGCAACCCCACCAAGAAACACUGAGCGAGAGAUUCAACACUGAGGCAGCCAAACACUUACCAGCCUUAGGUGACAUUAGAUUAAUAUAACAGUCUAGGAAAUACCUUGAACUUGGCAGGUUUUCAUAAAAUUGAUAAAAUGUUUUUCCCAGCCUGGUGGAGCAUGAGGGGGGCGCCGAAGAUGAGGAACGCUCUUAUCGUUUCCAUCGCUGUGCUGUUCUGCCACACAGUGGGGGGAGAGAGACCUUAAUUUAUUCGGCGCGCUGACUCGGUUGAUUUCCAUCCUAAGGUCAUCAGUGAAAUGGCUACUGCUGUGAAAGGCUGCAGUGCUGCGAGGCUGCUGCAGCAGCAUGGAGCCGCAGUGCUAUCUGUGUAUGUGCGCACGCCUGCCCAAUGGGGGUGGGGGGGCAAAACAACAAAGACUAAGAGAGGGAAAUACAGAGGAUGAGACCCAGCUGCUUUGCAGAGUAACUUGCUUCAGACUCAUUUUGCAAUGCAAUGGUAGAGUCUUGGCUUCAGCCAAUCGCAUAGUCAAUUGGGUGCAGCCUUGAGACAAUAACCUGGCUGGAUUUUUGUCAGUGUUUACACUGGCAUUAACAGGAAAUCAAUCACUGGCUUUAAAAACAAUGUUAAUUAAACUCCUUCCAGUACAUACCCAGUACACAGAAAGUGGUGUAUGAACGCAUCAUACAGCCAAAACAGGAGCACUAUAUGAAAUUGCCAAUUGAUUUGUACAGAAUCUGUAAGUAGCUACUUGCUAUGUAACCGUCCAUUUUGUAGCAGCUCUUCUUGGUGUAGUGAAGAGGUGGGUAGGGGUGUGGCUUUCCUGACAGCCUUUGCAGGAGGGACUAUUGUUAAAAUUAAAUUUACAAAGUGGAUAUUGCUAAAUAUUUACACAGUGAAAUGGAAGUCUGUUCAAUGCCAGCAUGAGUGGUUCUUCUCUUUCAUUCAUUAAAUGGGUGUGUUUGAGUCGUUUCAUUUGAAUUAGUCAACGUUUCUCCAGAAUCCAGAACCUUGUCAAUUUAUUAUUUACUAGACUGGUAUAAGCUUGCACUUAAACUCUGUAUACAGGAUGUAUUUGUGCAUUGCAUUUGUGGAUGUAUUUGUUCUGUAAGCAUGUUCGUUCUUGUGUCACACUCUUUAAUCAUAGAGUUUACUCAUAGAGUUUCUCAUAGAAGGGGCCUCAUCUUAUUGUCACCCCUACUGAUUUUCAGUAUUGCGCACACACACACACCAAGGGUUUUUCCAAAGAUAAAGUUGAUUGCACUCAUUAAUAACAAUGGUCAAUGCUAAACAUGUGAACGUCUGAGUAAAGGUUGGCUAAAGCUAUCCAGGGAAAGAAAGACAGAGCGAGAUCCUGGGGCUACGGUUAAUGAAGACAAGAAGCCACCAUCAUCUUGCUUCCCCCAGAGGCAGUCUGGCCUCAUGGCUGUCUUUAAAUACUGGUCGGUUUGAGGAAUCAUUGCUCAGUAUCAUAACCAUCCACCACCUGCUGCAUGGUGGUCCUGCACAUGUGUUUGUGUGUGUUUAAGGUGAUCUCAAGAUAUGUUCAGGGCAUAGGUCACUAAAGGGGUGAAACCUGACAAGGGGCAAGGUCUCAGGGGAAUGUGCACUCCAAUAGAGAGUAAAAAUGUGUCAGUCAAUAGCCUGUAAAGACAUCCAUAUUUGUAGGUAGGCCCUCAUAUUUAGCUUGAUCCCCAACAUAGCUCCAUAUAUCUAUAGUAUCUAUUUAUUUACUGUUCUAUGAUAAGACUCAGAUUAAAAUUGAGAGGUAGCACAGUGUGAAAACGGACCUUUGUCAGCGUUUUAUAGUUGAAAUUUGACAUUCUGAAAGCAUCUCUAUAAACGUAUUAUAACUGACCCUGUUCAAAAUUACUCUUCAAUGCUAUCAUAUCGUAGGGUAUGCAAAGGCAUGAGGUUUCGAAAAGCCAGUGUCAGAUGAAUGCAACCUGUUCUAAGUUAUCUAAUGGAAUAUUGAGGCCAUGAUGCUCCCCUUAAAAGAACAGAUCAACAUGUAUAUUAUAACCCCCUUAUGCCAAAUGUAGUUGAUCAACAAAGACAUGUUUGGUGUCCAACCUUUUGCUUCUUCAGUUUUGGCCUGGAGCUAUGCUUAAUGCUGCUAACAUAUAAGGGAAGUUUGUAGCCUCCAAGCAAACUGCAUGCCUAAAUCAUACCAGAUGCCUCAAACCAAGUUGGGUGGCUUAUGUGGUUUCUGACAUGGCUAGCAAUAAAAAUUAAUAAAACCAUGUUUCAAAGCUAAAAAUAGUGGUAGUGUCUGUCUUGAAUUAGUUUGGUAUAAGCAUCAGAUUUGUAUGUUCAACAUAAUUCAAAUUAUAACAUGGUCCAAUUAAAAAAAAAAAAUUUAUACAGAUUUAUUCCAUGAUUUUUUAGGACUGGCUAUGUACAAGUAUCCUUGUCAUGGUUUAGAUAUUAAGUCUGCAUGAUGCUGAACAAGAAGUUGUAAGAGUCCCUCACUUGUUAGCUAUAUUGGUCUUGGAGUUCUAGUACAACUAAAACAGCAAACCUCAGACAUCCAAUGAGUAAAUAAGGGGAAAAUGUGUAAAUUAUAGUUUUGUUUUGCCAGAAUAUUCCUCUACCUCAGCCAUAAACCACUUCCUAGUACAGCAUUUAGAGAGCACUUUGGCGUGGGCUUCAUGUUCCAGGGAAAUGACAUUAUGGUACAUGUGAUGUACUUUUAAUUUUGCCGUAGGAUGGGUCAUGUGUUGUAAUAGAGAGCAGCGAGCACAUGGCUGCCUCUGCUGCACAGUACUCAUUUGAAAUUAGUUUUGGUCAAAAGUCUUGUCCCUAGGGGGCGCUGCCCCACUCAGAGAGAGCGAGAGUGAGAGCGUGACAUGAGAGGAAUGUGUUGAUGGAAAAUGCAGCUGGGCGGCUGAUUGUUCCAACCUCAUCAGUCAUGCUGGGGCCCACCAGCAGCACUCUCUCUCCCUCUCUCUCUCUCUCUCUCUCUCUCUCACAUGCACUCACACUGACACUUGCACUCCUGUGCAGCUCACAAAUGCUUUCCUGCACACAACACCUGGCUGUAUGAUGAAAGGUAAUCCGUUUCUGCCUAAAUUCUCUAGCCCAAACCAUUACUUGGCUUUAAUGCAAGUUUUAACCUAAGAGUCACAAAACAAGUGCCAAACGUUUAGGCUAUUUCUUUCAUGCCAGUCAUCUUUCUGUUUUGCAAUGUCUUUUCCUCAGGCCCUUGUCUUUCAUCUUGUACAACAACGACACCUCGUUUCUGUCGAAAUGUCUUCUUCUUUACAUAGCAAUCCAAUACCCCAUGUUCUCUCAUAAUUUCUUUCGUACUCCCCUCUCUCCUUUCCUCUUCCUCCUCUUCACAGAUCUUUCAUUUAUAGCAUAAGCAAGUAGAUUAUCUGGGAUCAAAUUAUGCAUGUGUUUUUUGGCAAUUGGCUGUGGCUAGGUGGCAUGAAGUGAGGCCCUAAAGCAGAGGUCAGACCAAAUGUGAAUAAAAAUUGCCUGGCAAAAAUUUGACUGGGGAAAGAACAUGGGACAGCAAAAAAUUUAAUUUGAUUCUGGUAGUGGUUAAUUUGCUUUGCAGUGAGUUAAUUUUGAACUUUAACCUUUAAUUAGUGAACCUUGGAAGCGACUUGUGGGCAGGCUAUGGUCUCUUUCUGGGGGAAAAAUUUCUGCUAAGUUCUGUGACUGCUGAUCCACUCCGACCGCUGUUUCAUUUGAACAGAUUCAUAAAGACAUUAACAACUGUAUGGCACCCAGAUAUGCCAUACUGCCCACCUCUUUUCAAGCUCGGCUUGCAUGUAGAGAGGCACGUGAAUGUUUACAUGUUGCAGUGUGUCAGCAAGUGUUUUGGAUUAUGAUCGCAGAGUUCCUACAUACUCGCACUGCUGGACACUGUGAGGUUUAUUUGACCUUUAACCCAGGGGUCAGAUUCUUUACGGUAGUUGUCUGGGAGGGUAAGGUGCAUUCCACUUUGCAGCCCUGAACACGUAAGGUGCGCAUAUAUUUCUCAUGCCGCUUAGCAGAUGUUGCUCCUGUUCCAUCCCACUUUCUGUUUCUCUCUUACCCUGUAUCCACUGGUGCAUGCUGGUGCUGGUGGUCUUCAUUACUUGAUUAAGGAUAUUGGGGGUGAGCUCUGUUUUCCCCAUUAGGCUGAACGCCACAGGAGCCGUGACAAGCAGAGCAGCUGUGAAGGGGCUGUAGGCUAGUGCCUUGGUGGAUGGGUGGGGUCAGAUUUGGCUCUCCCUGGGGCAGCCAGUUCACCCCAGCGCCCCGACGCCACCAUUUCACGCCCAUCACUGUUCGAGGGUGGCCGCCUGCUCAUGCAAGUCUGUCUGGGGGGACGGAGAUCUGACGCCAGAGGCAUGCAAUCACUCCACACCAGUGUGACGGUAUGAGUGCAUGUGUGAGUCCAUGCCGAUGGAGCAGUGUAGAGAGCAACAGAACAGGAAACAGCAAUGGGAAUUUUUUGGAUUGCUUAGCUGACGUGGAGCUACUUCUAUGAGAUCCCUUGGAGAAAAACACUGGCAGGGUGGCAAUCUGUAGGAAUUGGAAGCCCCAAAUGGACCCGCAUGUGUCUUUAUAUCCAUUGCCCAUGUUUCUGGUGUCACUUUGUGAGGGACAGAGAGUGGCUGUCGUGCCUGGGAUUGGGGUUGGGGCUAGCUCUGGGGCUGAGGCUCAAAGGAGUCUUGGGCUCCAGGGUUACCCUCUGUCCCAUAUUGCUCAUCAGCGCUGGCAAAGAUGUGGCUGCAGGAGGCCAUGCCAAGGGAGAGCUGUGCUUCUGAUACCCACUGUGUUGCUUUUGCUGCUGGGUCUGGGCACCUACCUGCUCCUUCUGAACCAUGUUCUGAUCCCUAGUGGAAAUCCUGACCAUCCGGACCUCCUCAGAAGUGAGGACGAAGAUAUUGAAGAGGAGGGAGAGCGCACAGGGAACACUGCUCCUUCAUGGAUGCUUAUUACACCUACUGGCACAACUGAUACUCCUCCCACCACAUUCUCCAUUCAGGAGACCGUAGCUGUGUCUAUGUUGGCACCUGGAACAACCCUGGCAUCCUCCAGCCCCACACCCAGCAGCACCCCACCCCCUCUGGCGUUACCUCCGGGCUCAGGCCACGAAAGAAGAUGCAACGAGACAGAGAAGGGAUACUGUGUGAACAACGGCGAGUGUUACUUCAUCCAUGGUAUAAAUCAGCUCUCCUGCAAGUGUCCAAAUGACUUUACUGGCGAUCGCUGUCAAACCUACGUUAUGGCCAGUUUCUACCAGUCUCUUGGGAUUGAAUUUAUGGAGGCAGAGGAGCUCUAUCAGAAGAGAGUCCUGACAAUCACAGGCAUCUGCGUGACUCUGUUGGUGGUGGGCAUCGUGUGCGUGGUGGCCUACUGCAAAACCAACCUCCCCCCUAGGAAACAGAGGAAGAAGAUGCACAAUCACCUGAGGCAGAACAUGUGUCUGGAUCACCCCAAUCGCAGCCUGGCCAACGGGCCCAACCACCCGGGCCCUGGCCCUGAGGAGAUCCCCAUGGUGGAUUAUAUCUCAAAGAACGUCCCAGCCACUGAGAGAGUGAUGAGAAGCGGAGCGGAGGCGUCAUUUGCCGGCAGCCAUCAUUCUUCCAGAUCACACAAUUCCUCCACCCGAGGCCACUCCUCCACACACAGACAUGAUGAGAAGACAUGGAGUCUGGAACGGACAGACAGUGUGCUGUCGGACUGUCCCUCAGGCGUGCUCUCGUCCUCUGUGGGCACCAGUAAGUGCAGCAGUCCAGCGUGUAUGGAGGCACGAGCACGUCGUGCCACUCACUGUGGCUUCCCUGAGUCUCGCCGGCCACCGAUGCGCUACGGAGACUCCUUCGACUCACUCGACUCACCACACAGCGACAGGUAUGUGUCAGCCCUGACCACGCCAGCGCGCUUGUCUCCAGUGGACUUCCAUUACUCACUGCCUCCACAGGUGCCUACCUUCCAGAUCACGUCUCCCAACGCCAGCCACGCCAUGUCUCUGCCGCCAGCCGCCCGCGCCCCCUACCCACCAGAGGAGGACCAGCCGCUGCUUCGCUGCUACCAGCUGCCUCUGCACGAGGCCCAGCGCUACGAGCCCUACCAGCAGCGGAUACAACAGCAGCGGGCACGCUCCUACCUGCAGGACAGUGCAGGCAGCCUGCCCUCCAGUCCGUACCGGCUGGCCCAGGACGACGAUGAGUAUGAGAGCACGCAGGAGUACCCGCCCUCACUGGAGCAACCAAAGAGAAGCAGUGGGCGCUGGCACAGGUCCAGACUGAAUGGGCAUGUGGCACCGCAGGGCUACCGGCCGCCCCGGGACUUGGGCUCGCGCAGCUGCCUGUCGGACAGUGAGUCGGAGGAGGGAGAGGAGGGCGAGAGCACGCCCUUCCUCAGCAUGCAGAACAUAAACACACCCGAGCCCUCAGCCAUCUACAGGCCCGCGCCGCCCACACACACACGGACUUCCCACACACAGAGCAGACACACGCAGCAGCAGCACGCGCGCUCCAAACCGGACAGCGCUGCCCACUAAAGACACAGUCCACCUACCCACCCGCAAAAUCUGUAUACCUAUAGACCUGCACCUAUAAAAAAUAUUUUUUAUUUUAUAUAACUAACAGAUAUUCUAAACAAAUGAAAUAUUUAUUUUCAUUUUAGCAAAAAAAGUUGUCUACUAGUUAACAGCAAAGACUUUUUUUUAUAGGGAAAACUCUAUUUAUAUGUACAUUUUGAUUUACAGCAUAAAAGAGACGUGCCAAUUUUUUCACAACUUAAAGAAAUAGAAUAAUAUUGUGGUGCCUUUUGCUGUAUGCCGAUGCCAGAGGGCCAGUGGAGUUUUUGUAGCCUUUCUUAUAAGGACGCCUCAUUUUUUAUACGCACUCUUUCGUUGUCUCUUUUUUGGCCUUUUGUUUUUCUUAUCCUUGUGUUUUUUUGGGAGCUGACCCAACCAUUUGAGCAGUGACAUUUCCUCCCCCUUUCACAUCAUGCAAUAUAAACCGCUCUUAAGGUGUAUGUUUACAAGAAUAUAAUUCACAUGUUUAAUGAUUAUGUUGCUUUCCUAACAGGAACUUAAUGACAAAUGCAACUGGGACAGGGGCUUAUUUUUUUCCAAUGAAAUGGAAGGAAAGUAUGUGGUGUGCAUUCAGAUGUCUAGCUGAGUGUGUGUAGAUGUGCUGCACACCAAUGUAAAGUGUGUGAGCAGAAGGAGGGAGAUGUCUAAUUUUCCAGACUAAUGUCCAUUUAUCAGACUUCUCACUAAUCAAGGGUCACAAGCUUGUUACGAUCUGAGAGGCAGAAACUCAUCCAUCUGUAGCAGAUGUGGAGGUUUUGUUGAUGGCUUAGUCACUGGAGAGCAUCUGCACUCCAAUCCUCUCUUCCCAAACAGUCCUGUUCCACUCUCUCUCAUUCUGUCCAUCCUGUCCCUCUAGUGAGGCUGAUAUAGAGACGUUUAACAAGUCCAUUGAUGAAUUUUAGAGGUAAUGACUAAAACAGAACAUCACACAUUUCUUCCAUUAAGAGAAACAUGAAAAAUAGGAAAAUAUCAUUCACAAGGACUAUUUUUCAAGAAAGAAAGAGAGAGAGGUGAACAGCCACGUAGUGUCUCAGGACAACCCCUCCUCACCCUUCCUCCUUCCAUCACAGGACUGAAGUUAAAAGGAGAACCCUCACAGGCUUAUGAAUGUAUAAGCUCCCUCUUCCAUCCCCAUACAUGCUGGGAAUAUCAUCAUAACACACACACACACACACACACACACUCAAGACAAGACAAGACAAAUAGCUGUGAAACUUCCUUGGGGCCAUAAAAAUAUGCCAAAAUAUGCAAGCUUUAUAAUUUACCGUUUGUUUUCUGAAUGAACCAUAGUGCAUUGUGUGAAAACUGUGACGCUUGAUUUGAGUUUGGUGUACUUGAGUUGAGCUCCCCUGAAUUCUAAUCAAUCAGACCACCAAACCAUGACACAUACACAUGACGGCCAUCUCUGAGUCCAGAUGAGACCAAACCGGACAGCUCUAGUCCUGCAUGAGUCCGUCGUUAAGGAUGUUCAUAACGUCACUCAUCUUAUAGAAGUUCCUGAACACUUACUCAUGCUAAAAUUGGCCAUGAUGCCUCUGGAAAGUAAAUACGAAGCUUUUGAUGUCAAAUGUGAAGGAACACAUCAUUGGCAUAGAUAAUUCAGGAAAUCCAGAAAAGAGAGGAAUGUAAUGACGACUAAGAAGUUGUGAUUAGGUAAGCAAAGGGAAAAGAAACUAUUUAAAAACUAGAUCUUAAAAUGUUUCUCUUGCUCUAUUGUGGUGGCACAAAGAAAUAGAGAUACUACAAAACAUAUAUACAUAUAUAUAUAUUAUUAAUAUAAUAUAAUUUUUUCUUGCACUUCAACGACCAGAGUUUGUCUUCUGUUUAUUCCCUGCCCUGGCGUUUUGGAUCCUGUUUGUAUGUUUGAGAAAUGCAAAACCAGACAGUGCUUCUCUAGUUAGUUUUAAAUGUGAUAUCCCUUUCCUCCUUUUCCUCCUCCUCCUCCUCCUCCUCCUCCAAAAUGCCCCACUAGACUCUGACAGUUAUGUUCCUACCGUUUCUUCCUUUUGCGUUUCCUCCUCGCUUGAGAAGUUUGAACACCUCUCCUCUGCAUGUCCUUGUGGUCAAGGUUAAAUGGGUGCAUGGUAAAAAGCAGCAGAUGAUUUUAUUUCCCUCCAAGUCAGUGAAAGUGUAUUUCAUUUAAUAUUCAGCAAUAAAAAAAGAGAAUCUUUCCCCCCAUGUCAAUUCUUGGAAUAUGCUAGAAAAAAAAGAGAAAUACAUGCCAGGUUGUCUUAGAUUGUAAAAUAAAAUUUGAAUCCACGUCUUCACAUUGAAAAAAAAUAAAUAAAUCCUUCGUAUUAUUUCAA